AUGGCCGAUGACGAGAGCGAACCGCAAGCGCGCGACCUGCACUUGCUAUGCGUGCACCGCGAUACGCUUCGCUGCGCCCUCCAGCGCUGCGUCGCCUGCUGCUACAAGAUCGUGCUGCACAGCCGCCCUGGCUCGCUGCCAAACGUGCGUCCCGAGAUGUGUCCGCGCAUGGGACCGAAGACGACGACUGACGCUGCCGCAAAGGACCGAAACGUUCCAGCGCCGCCGUCAGCGCAAGCUGAAAAACACUGCAUCGGUCUGUACGAUGCGUCGAAGUUAAGACGGAUCUUGACAGUGGGAGACGGCAACUUUUCGUACUCGUUGGCGCUCGCCAGAGCACUGGGUGUCGACUCUGGCGUGGAGUUUGUCGCUACGUCGCACGAGAGCAGGACGUCGAUAGUCGAGACGUACCCGGAAGGGGAAACGAUACUUGCUGAGCUUUCUGCAAUGUCUCAUGUGACGGUGAAGCACGAAGUCGAUGCAACGGACGCUGAGCAACUGAAAGCAUUGGGCCAGUUUGACCGCGUCAUUUGGAACUUCCCGUGCGUCCGGGCACUGGACGGAAAAGACGGACAGAACGACGAGAUGGAAAGUAACAAGAAGCUGUUGCACGAUUUCUUUAGUCACGUGGGUCACGUGCUGACGGCUACUGGGGAAGUACAUGUCACGCACAAAACGAAGGCACCUUUCGGUCAAUGGGGCAUCGAGAACAUUGCCAAGACCAAUCACCUUUGCCACAAGCGGUCCAUAAUCUUUGAUCGGUGCUUGUACCCGGGAUACACGAACAAGAAGGUACUCUCAAAAGGCUCGUUCCCCAUCUGGGAUUCGCAGACGUUUGUUUUCGUGCCUGGAGGACAAGCGCGGCUUCCAGAUGAAGACGAGGGGGCAGCCGUGCCUGACGAUGACGGGUGCCGUGAUACGAUUGAGCCAGUUACCGCAGAUAUCCUUGAGAAGGUAUACUUGCUGCUGACGCCCUCGCUAGACGAUAUGCUAGGUUCUAAGAAGAAGAAAAAGCGGAAGGGAUUUAGUGGCAGCACGGGCGCCGCGAGCAUUAGCAACUACAAGGACGCCAGCAAUCGCCACAGGGACAACAACAAUCAAAAGCGUAAGCAACACGCUCCCAAUCGCUCAAAGGGAAGCAAGCAGUCAGGCACGAAAAAAAGUCGCAAGUCGUGA